AUGCCGUCUUUCUACGUCACUCUCGGACUCCUGUCCCUCGCGGGCUCCGCUCUUGGACACACCCGUCAGAACGGCCGCCACGGCUGGAGGAAGGGCAAGUCCACUGGCACUGGCACCGGCGCGCCCUUCCCUACUGGAAACUCGACUGGCAUCUGGGGCACUGGCACUGGCACUGGCUAUUACCCCACUGCCACUGGCACCGCACCCUCCUUCUAUGAGUCCGCUUUGUCGUCUGUGGUUUUGGACGCUGGGGCGGAGUCGACCACCACCUCGACCUGCACUACUUCCAACACCGUCUACGUGACCACGACAAACACCCUGACCGUCACCGUUGAACCCGAGGAGACUGCCAGCAGCGUCGACGUCCAGGCCAGGCAAGAGACCAGGACCCGCCGCACCCGCACUCGCACCCGGUACGGCGCUCCGGUCCCCACCACCUCUGCUGCCUCCUCGGCCGUCGAGUCUGCCGCCACUAGCUCGGCCGUCGUAACCUCCACUCUCGAAACCGUCGUUGCCAGCAGCGCCGCCCCCUCCAGCGACAGCUCCUCCACCACCAGCUCUGUCUCGACCCCCACCGUCCGUGCCAUCGGCGCCGGCAAGCGCGGUCUCGCCUACAACAACGCCGCCCUCUGCGCGCCCUUCGCCUCCUCCAGCCUUAUCACCUGGGGCUACAACUGGGCCCAAACCUCCUCCGGCCUGGACGGCAAGUACAACUUCGUCCCCAUGCUCUGGGGCACAAACUCCAUGUUCACCAACGGCUGGGCCGCGGCCGCAUCGUCCUUUAUCGCGAACGGCGGGAGCCACCUCCUCGCCUUCAACGAGCCGGACCACGCGCAGCAGGCCAACAUGGCGCCCGCCGUUGCCGCGGCCGCCUACAAGGCGCACAUGCAGCCGUUCGCCGGCAAGGCCAAGCUCGGCUCUCCGGCCGUGACCAACGGCGGCGGCGACAUGGGCCUCACGUGGCUGUCGAACUUCAUGUCCGCGUGCAGCGGGUGCACCAUCGACUUUGUGGCUGUGCAUUGGUAUGACAGCGUCAACAAUGUCGAGUACUUCAAGAACCACAUCACCUCUGCGCACACCAAGACUGGCAAGCCGGUGUGGUUGACUGAGUUUGGUACUAUUGAUGGGAGCGACGCCCAGAAGGCGGAUUUCUUGAGGAAGGUCCUGCCGUGGUUGGAUGCCCAGGACUGGAUCGAGAGGUAUGCGUACUUCAUGGUUAGUGAUGGUAUGAUGGUCAAUGGCGGGUCGAUGUCGGCGCAGGGAAGCGCUUAUGCUGCUUAG